AUGGGUAAUAUAUGUUCGUGGUGUUUGAAAAAUGAAGAUGUUUCACAUACGAAUGGUCAUACUGGUGAUUAUAACGGUAUAAGUAACUCCCAACGUUCAGUAUCUUUAUCUGAAGACGAUCCUCGAGCACCGCUACUGAAGAAAUCAUCAAGCAAUCAUAAUCACCGUCCAGUCACAUCGAGUAAUUCGAAUUCGCAAUUAAAUGGUGAAUCAUCAUCAUAUGCACCAUUUCCUACACCAUUACCUUCAAUCAAUGAGUCAAGAACUGAUACAACAGCCAAAGUUUCAACAAAUGAAACAGCGGAAUCCAAAAUGGCAUUUAUUGUUGAAGGUAUGUUAUCGAAAUUAAUUGAUGUUGGUAAUGCUAGAACUGGUAUUAUGUCAACAAAUUCAAAUAUAAAUGGAUUUAAUAACCAAAAUGAUCAUUUAAAACAAAUUUUAAAUAAAUCAUUUUCAUCAGCAAAACUAUCUUUAUUACCAGAUGUAGGCUUAAAUAAUCUUCCAUCAUUACUUUCGGGACGACCAAUAUCUUCUGAUAUAUGUCAUUUUGUUGCACAUACAGCUGGAGAAUUAUCCCGAUUAUUAAUUGAAGAAAUUAAGAUAAUUCAUAAAGAAGAACUUGUGAAAAAAAAUGACGAAGACAAACUGACUGAAUCGGAUAUUGAACAAGAUGACAGUUUCGAUAAUGAUGAUAAAAAUAGUGUUACUACAGACGAUGAAUUUUUUAAUGAACUUAUGGAUGUACCAUCUGAAUUUGAGGAUCACUUAAUUCCUGAAGGAUGUAAAGAUGAAAUUGUUGCUAUUGAACAUUUAUCAUUAUGUCUCAAUCGUCGAUAUAGUUCAUGUCCAAUAUUUUUUAGUGGUACACUUCAAGAUGCUUUAAAAGAAGCAUUUAAUUCGAAAGAUGUUAAAGAACGUCGACCACUUCUUAUCUAUGUGAAUAAUGAUAAAAGUCUUUAUUCAAAUGUAUUUUGUAAACAAUUAUUAUGUCAUGAUAAAAUCGUUGAGUUUUUCUUGAAUAAUUAUGUUGUUUGGGCAUGGGAUGUUACAUUUCAAUCAAACGGAGAAAUGUUGAAUGAAAUGUAUAAAAAGGCAUUUACGGAAAAAAAUAUCGGCACAUAUUCAACUGAACAAUAUCCAUUAUUGAUUGGUGUUCAACGUGAUAGAACUGGUGAUUAUAAAUUUAAUUAUUUCAUCAUGGGUUCAAAUAAUAGACCGGUUAUGGAUGAAUUUCUUGGACGUUUAAUACAAUUUAAAGAUCAAUUUGAAAUUAAUGAAGAAGAAUUUGAAAGAGCCAAAAAACAAAAGGAAGACCUUCUUAGCAUUGAUCUAUCUCGAAUGCAAAAUAAAAAUUUUCAUCCAAGACAUAAUAAUGGUAAUAUGUUUGGACCAUCAACAUCAAUGUUUUCCGUAAUGGAUCUUGAUAGACAUUCAUCUCAUUAUUUACCAUUGCGACGAAAUCAAAAUGAUAAUUAUUUUUCAACUAAUCCUAGAAUUUUGAACAAUAUGCUCGGACAAUUAAAUCUGGAUCCUAGUUAUACGGAUGAUGAUGAGGAGGAGGAACCAACACCAACUGUUGAACAUCCAUCACCAAAAUUUCCUCAAUAA